GAACAUACUUAAUGAGCUACCUAGCUAAAAUUUUGCGGCAAAUAAUUGCGUUGUAGGUGACUUUGUUAGCAGGCGUGCUUGCUACAUAUAGGUAAUCAUAAGUUUAUAGCACACAGCAGUAUUUCCUCCCCUUUUCUAUGCAGGACAAACAACAGGGUGUGCUGCGGUUUGUUGUUGUGCUGAGAAAUCUCUGGAGGCAGUGCUGGCACGUCUGAAUAGGCUUAGACCCACAAAGGUUGAUGCAGCAGAAAUAGCUGGACUCACAGACAUUGCUGCCUUCAGUAUUUUUUUGAUGUACUAUAUCUGUGAAUGCCAGCUAGUUUUGUCUGUUUUUUUUAUUGCUGCCUACUUUGACACAUGCUGGUUUGUAGCUCACUCGAAGCUGGGGCAUAUAGAGAGGCAGGCUGUCAUCCUAGGUCUGUCCACUCACUGUGAUGUAGAAACCUGUGAGUUGGUAAUGCAGUGAGGAAGCAAUGGAGACCACAGAUCGAGCCACUGAGGGAGACCCUCUGAAGAGUGGAGAGGACGGCGUGGAGACAAUAACAGUACCUCCAGCAACAGAGCUGAAGGGGAAGAGUUGCAAGGAGGUCUUGGGUUUUUCUAAACUGACCCACUGGCGAACCGCAGUAUUCUUCCUCUCCUUGUUUCUCUGCCUCACCAUUGUGUUUGCCUUCUCCUUCGUCAUCCCUUGUCCCGUCAGACCACAGUAUCUGACAUCCUGGAACAGGACUUUCUUUGAAGCAGCAACUUAUGACUUUGUAGCUAUUGAAGACACGGGCAAAGACAAGGUGAUGGAUGUCCUGUUUAUCUUGAAGAAUGCAGAUGGCAGUGAGAACAAAACAUGUGAUAGUGCAGGUCUGCCCUCGCCAUGUGUGUUUGUCGUAGCAGUGGAUGGGACAGAUGGACACACUCUGUGGGAGCGUGCGCUGCAGCCUGAGUUCCACUGGGCCCAGUGUGGUCUGGAUGAACAGACAGACAGGGGAUGGGACUGCCUGCUGUCCCACUCUGACCAGCUGUCAGCAAUUGACAAACACUCUGGUGAAGUCAAGUGGAAUCAGUCUCAGCCUACUGGUCUGCGCAGCACUGUGCCUGUGCUCAGUGUUCCAGAUCUGGAUGGGGACCAGGUCAGCGAUGUGGCUCUAGUGGCUUCUGACGACACACAGACUCAGCUGGUAUUCCUCUCAGGGAAGACGGGCGUCCAGAUUGGCUCUACGGUGGUUGUAGACUCCACAGAUACAACCAAUCAUCUCCUCUAUCGCACUACCGAUGGCUCUCACUAUGUGCUACUUCAAAAAGACACUGGCUUGUAUGGAUUGGCCCUGUGGAAGAUCGCUGCUAAAGCAGGGUUCGAGGUGGGCCUCACGAAGGAUGAACACUGGGAGAAAAAUGCCCAUGCUACAACUGGUCUUAUACCAAUCUUCAUGUCUGAGUCAUUGAAACAAGUGCAGAAAAUAGGAGAAACUGAGAAAUCCCCUAACCUGCUGCUUGUGACUGGGAAUGAGGUGGCUUUACUUGAUGGAAAAAAAUUGCAGCAACUGUGGAGUUUCAAUGCCAGCUCAGUCCUCGGUGAGCCCUCCUUCGGUCACUUUAACAAAGAUGGUGUACUCGAUGUUGUGGUUGAGGAGUAUAUCGGCAACUAUUCAAAGAGGAUAAUAAUCCUGGAUGGGAAGUCUGGUGGUGUACUGUGGGAAGUCGACCUUUUGGCCAGUCCUAACUCACCCCGACCCGUCUCAAUACACACCGCCAACAGUUACUCCAUCUUUAUGUUUUGGGGCAUGAUGCCCUCAACAGAGACCAACUCUUCUUCACAUGUAAAGGGGGAACGACGCUCUUACAUGAUGCAUCCUCUGUAUUCCAAAGUUCUUCUUGAGUCAACCAAUAUCUUGGACCACAUUGUAUCAUUUAAAGCUACACUGUUGGAGCGUGGGCGUCACGCUGCCUACAUCCUGCUGACAGGCCCUGGGACGCAGGGAGCAGAAGGCACUGUGGUCCUCAGCAAGCGAAAGCUGAAGCAGGAUGUCCCUUUAAGCAAGGUUCUCCGUAUCGGCACCAGUGGACCAGAGACCAAUGAGGACAUCAAAGAGGCCUUCAACCGACUCCGCUUCAGUGAUUAGUGAGAGGUGCAUGCAGCACGCACCAUUUUAGAUCCAGUUUGUGCCUCUUAUAUAUUUCCUAACAUCCGAGUCACAAAGGUGAUUAGGAUACUUCUCCAUCCAGACGGUCAGAAGAGUGUUUAGAGAUUGUGGGAAACCCUCAGAACAGCACGAAGUAUUUUUAAAUGACCUUCUGGGUUUUUCAAACAUUGCUGGUUGAUUAAAUAUCUUCAUUUAAUGGAAACAUUUGUUACCUGAGUGUAUCUAACACAUGAGAGGCACAAACUGGGGCAAGACCAGUAUGUCCUCAGUGUUGGACACAUUUUGGCACAGCUGACUGUAAGGUGGCUCGGCUUUACUUUAAAAACCAAAAUGUGUACACUAGGUUUGACUUUCCAUCUGCAAGCAACCAAAGAAAUUCUUGUGUGUUUAGAGGAUUUGGGCUCACUUGGUUUGACAGGGUUCUUCCAUAUAUCCCCACUGGGCUAUCUGGGCAUUAUCUGGCCUCUUGACUUGACUACAUUUGUACUAUCAUGAGUUUGAUCUCAUUUAGCGUCCAAAGAAGUUAUUGUUCCUUGACAAUCACUGUUCUCCUGCUGACAAAUCAUUGCCUUGCUGUAUUGUUUCUAGCACUUUCAUGCAUCAAUGCAAUGCUCUUUUUU